GCCCGCGGCCCCCGAAAGCGGGGCUCCUAGGAGCGCGCCCGCUCUCCAUGCGCCACGUGCUCGUUGGAGGGCGGUGCGGGGGGCCGAGCUGAAAAGAUGUUCUUGCUGCCUCUUCCGGCUGCUGCGCGAGUCGCCGUCCGACAGCUGAGCGUGAGGCGUUUCUGGGGACCCGGUCCAGACGCUGCAAACAUGACGAAGGGCCUUGUUUUAGGAAUCUACAGCAAAGAAAAAGAAGAUGAUGCACCCCAGUUUACAAGUGCGGGAGAGAAUUUUGAUAAAUUGGUGUCUGGAAAGCUGAGAGAAAUUUUGAACAUAUCCGGACCACCCCUGAAGGCAGGCAAAACCCGAACCUUUUAUGGUCUGCAUGAGGACUUCUCCAGCGUGGUGGUGGUUGGCCUCGGCAAAAAGGGAGCCGGAGUUGAUGACCAGGAGAACUGGCACGAAGGCAAAGAAAACAUCAGAGCCGCUGUCGCAGCCGGGUGCAGACAGAUUCAGGACCUGGAGAUCCCGUCGGUGGAGGUGGACCCCUGCGGAGACGCCCAGGCGGCCGCGGAAGGAGCGGUGCUCGGGCUCUACGAGUACGACGAGCUGAAGCAGAAAAAGAAGGUGGUCGUGUCGGCCAAGCUCCAUGGAAGUGGGGAUCAGGAGGCCUGGCAGAGGGGCGUCCUCUUUGCUUCUGGGCAGAACCUGGCACGCCACCUGAUGGAGACGCCCGCCAAUGAGAUGACGCCAACCAGAUUUGCUGAAGUUAUUGAGAAGAAUCUCAAAAGUGCCAGCAGUAAAACAGACGUCCACAUCAGACCCAAGUCUUGGAUUGAGGAACAGGAAAUGGGAUCAUUCCUGAGUGUGGCCAAAGGGUCCGAAGAGCCUCCAGUCUUCCUGGAGAUUCACUACAAAGGCAGCCCAGAUGCAAGUGACCCACCCCUGGUGUUUGUCGGGAAGGGAAUUACCUUUGACAGUGGCGGCAUCUCUAUCAAGGCGUCUGCGAACAUGGACCUCAUGAGGGCGGACAUGGGCGGAGCUGCCACCAUCUGUUCCACCAUCGUGUCUGCUGCCAAGCUCGACCUGCCCAUCAACCUCGUUGGUUUGGCCCCUCUUUGUGAAAACAUGCCCAGCGGGAAGGCCAACAAGCCUGGGGAUGUCGUUAGAGCCAAGAACGGGAAGACCAUCCAGGUGGACAACACCGACGCCGAGGGCAGACUCAUCCUGGCCGACGCGCUCUGCUACGCGCACACUUUUAACCCAAAGGUCAUCAUCAAUGCCGCCACGCUGACAGGUGCCAUGGAUAUAGCUUUGGGAUCCGGUGCCACUGGGGUCUUUACCAAUUCUUCCUGGCUGUGGAACAAGCUCUUCGAGGCCAGCAUUGAAACGGGAGACCGGGUCUGGAGGAUGCCCCUCUUUGAACACUACACUAAACAGAUUGUAGAUUGCCAGCUUGCUGAUGUUAAUAACAUUGGGAAAUACAGAUCUGCAGGAGCAUGUACCGCUGCAGCGUUCCUGAAAGAAUUUGUGACUCAUCCUAAGUGGGCGCACUUGGACAUAGCGGGUGUGAUGACCAACAAAGACGAGGUUCCGUACCUGCGCAAAGGCAUGGCGGGGAGGCCCACGAGGACCCUCAUCGAGUUCCUGCUUCGGUUCAGUCAAGACAGUGCUUAGUUCAGAUGGUCUAAAAUUCCCUCCUUCUGUCUGAAAUGGGCAGUAGAGCUCCAGAAUACUUUUGAAUGAUAGAUCAUCUUUUAAGGGAAACAGAGGAUGGUAUUUUAAACCAUAAAACGAAAUUUGUGUGCCUCAAUUUGUUUUUUUUCAUUUUAUGCAGAGAUUUAUAAAGGUAAAGCUAAUAUCUUUGCUUGGAAGAGAUUUUUUUGAGAUAGUCUGUGAAAUGAUUUUUUUAAAAACUCCCUAAUCAGUUUUCAGAGUGUAUGUUUGUAAUUGAGGAGCAAAAUUGUAUUUCAGAUUUGUGAUGCUGGGAAUAUGAACAAUGAAGUUGCUGUGCAAUUGUCAGAAACAAUAAAUCCAACUUUUUGUGC